AUGGCCUCGGAGUCUGACGUCGCGAACAGGCUGGUCGGGCUGAUCGAGAGGCGCGUCAGGUUCAUCGAGGCGCAGGCCACCGCUGGCAUAGACCGCGAGAGCCUGUUGUCAGCUCAGUGCGGUGCGAUAGUCAGCGAGAUCAUGCAGGAGCACGUCAUGGAUGAGGACGCGGCCACAGCAAUCACCUCGGCCAUCACUCGAGGCCCGUGGUCCGACGGGCAGAAGCUUCAAUUAGCCAGCGCCUUGCAGGAAGCAGUGGCCAAACCUUUGAAGGGCAAGAAGUCUAAGCGCGACCAGCAACACUGCAUGUCGCUGGAGCGCUUCUUCACGGCUCCUGAUUGGCACCUGCUCCGCAAUCCCAACUUGGCAGAGGGGCCGAAAAUCCAUUGCAUCGCGCACCGCAUGUGGAGGCUGGGCAUCACGUGCCCAGCGGAGAGCACCCAGAAGCGGGCCGCUGCAAUCCUGCAGCUCGCGAUGCAUGCUGAUGCUACUCCGUCUAAGCAGGAGGAGUGGCAGAAAAAGAUCAAGGGCGAGGUUAAGACGCUGGACGAGGUGCGGUCGUACCCCCACUCCCACAUCAAGAGGUACGUGCAGGACCCGACCAUGCUGCCAGCGCAGGUCAUGCAGUUCGCCUACGAGGGGACUGAUGGCCCCGUGGAGUCCCAGGUUGAUUUCGAGCACAUGGAGCGGCUGGUGAGGCCGAUGCCGUCGCGCAAGAGCCACAAGGCAUCGGGUCGAGCUGUUGAUCAUCAGUUGAUGGCGGCGCGGCCCCAGCCCGCCGUUGGGCAAGUGCAGGACCCCCUGGGCGCCAUCUGGAUCGCCAUGCUGCGAAACCCGUCGCUCAUCAUGGAGGUGCAGCAGAUGAUCAACGACCUCGUGGGCACGAACCUCCAGCGCGACGUGAGUGGCAACCCCUUGCUCGGCACCAGGCCCAGGGGCGUUCGUACUGGUGAAUCGGCGAGCAGUGGUAGCCCUGUGAUGGGGUCGCCGCUGUAUGGCCAGGCGUCGGCGAUGCCCGCUGCUGCUGCUGGCCCUGUUCCGCUGGCUGAUGCCGCCGCCGCGCCUGAUGGCGCCGCGGACGGCAUGGACGAGGCGGCAGCGCUGGAGAAGGCGAUGGCCGAUGCAGCCGAGGCCGCUGGCCGUGGCAAGGCUGCUGGUGUCGGGCGCUGCCCCAAGCGCCCGAUGAAGCGCGCGGGCAAGACAGCUGCGGCCGCCGCCGAGGCCGAUGAUGAUGGCGAGGCGGAGGAGGAGGAUGACGCGGGCGCGCGC